AGUUUCGGUGGUUUCAGUGGUUCAAGUUUCAGUGGUUCUUUCCGUGGGCUCGGGUGCAGUAUUCUAGUGAACCAGGACACCUUACCCCAGACAGAAACACUUGUACACUUUAUUGAUGUGUUAGGUAAUGGUUGUAUGCAAAUGCUUAGAAAGAAGACAAUAUUUUGCGAUUGCUUGUAAAUUAUGUCAGGAGGCAAGUUUGAUCACCCUGCACGUAAACUUCAUGCACGAGAUAUAUGCAAGCUGCAAAACAUAGGUGACCAGUGGCACUUCCGUGAAGAUGGUAUAUCCUUUAAUGUGCGCCUGAUAUGGGUUCAGGGAAAGGUAGUGUCAUACAAUCUCAACAAAAGUGAGGUAAUCUUGGAUGAUGGAGGCUUUAAAAUCAACAUUUCCAAUUGCCAAAACAUUCCUGGUGGAAACUCGUGGAUUAUGGAAGGUCAAUAUGUAAUGGUGGUUGGGGAAAUUGAAGAAGUCGCUAGUUCCAGGGUAGUGCGAGCAAUCAAGAUGGCCGACCUUUCCACAAAUGUAGUCCAUCAAACUAUGUGGAAUCAUGAAGUUACUGAAGUUAAAAUGUUAUUGAAAGAAAACCAAAGUAUGUGUAGAUGAUAUAAUAUUAGUCUAGGUACUGUACUUAGGAAGUUGUAAAGGAACAGUUGCAAAUUUUGAUGCUUAUCAUAAUUAAACAGUAGCCUGUUUUUCCUUAUUAAUAAUAUGUUGUUUUUGCUGAAAAUCAAUUAUAUUCUGUAUACAGUACCACCUUUUCUUUAACUAUCAGAAAGAUACACAAUUCUUGAUUUUUUUCUUUGUUUCGAACUGAGAAAAAUCAUUUAAUUUUUCCUUCAGGUAAUGCAGUACUCAUUCUGAUUAAGAAAUAUAUAUAUUAUCCAAUAGUAUUUUUUUUACAGCAUGUAUGGUUAAAUGUAUACUGUACCUAUAAAAUAGAGCCUGUCGCUGUACGGGGGCUAGAGUCUGGCUUCUACAUUGAGCUCUCUAUGCAUAUGCCUCUCUCCAGUUCUCUGGUUUCUUGAUGUGCUCUUUGCAGAUGAAUGCUAAAUCCUCAAAUUACCCAGUGGGCAGAGUCCCAUAUUAUUACAAAACUUAAUUGAAUUGUGAAGGUAACUCUGCUGUGAAUAAAUGACUUAAUAACUGAACAACAAUAACUACCUGUUUAAAUGUAAACAUUUUCACACUGCUGAGUGGCUUGUGUGCAGCCCGGGAAACCCAGAACAUUUAUAGUCACAAAUGCAUGGAGGCUGGACCACCAAAGUGUUUACAAACAAUUUGACAAUUUCAAUUAAUUUGUAAGGAAAAUUCUUAACUUAAUACUGUAUGAGUUUGCAUAGCAGAAAGAAUCCUUGCUAGUGUACCAUCUCUCUAAACACUACAGCUGCUUUCUCAGGAGCAACAGGCUUGAAGGCUGCCAAUCAAGGACUGGUGUACUGCUGAUGACUUGUUGAUCCAUGCCAUGGAUAUAGAAGACAGCUGAUCCAUACCUGGAUUCAUUCGAGUCUCAGUGCUUCUGGAAAACAUUCCUCUCCACCUCACCCAACAUGACCAUCACCUAACACAUGAUAUAUCCUACAGCCUGCCCUGUCUUUAUAAAGUUACAUGUUAUUUGUCGACAAUAAUUUAUAAAGAAUAUAAACAGUUUUGUCAAUUGUUAUAUGUUUGUGUGGUGAUAUUAAGAGAGUUUUGACAUCAAGAAAACAAUAUUACAGUAAACGCUACCCAAUCUCAAUUUGGUCCCAAUUUGUAAGUUCCCUAGUCGACAUUACGUUGGUGAUAUAAGUGACCCAAACACAGAGCCAUCUAAACUGGAGUUAGUGUACUGUAAUUUAUAAGACAGCAGGCUGUAGGAAACAUCCUGUGUCGCCUGUUAGGCGAUGCUUCUGUAGGGCUAAUUGGAGAGAAGAGGGGAGCAGUGUAUCCAGUGACAUUGAGAAUCUAAUGAAUCCAGGUGUGAAUCGGCUGCCUUGUAUAUCCAUAUAUUUGCAGUGGCUGCAAGCCAACAAAUCCAAUGAUUUUGGUUUUGUCAAUUGUUAUAUAAGUGAUUAAUUCUCAUUUAUACCAAAAAGGAAAUUACAGACUUUGUAAAGAUAUCCUUGUUUAUUGUGUUUUAUCAUGUCAAUAAAACUAUUUUACCGUA